CACUCCGUAACGUGAACGGAACGCGGUUAGUGGAAACAUGUCUGCCGUUUGUGUUAUUUGACGUAAAUAUUGACGAAAAUCAAGUUUCUGUUUUCAUUUUUAUAGUGAUUAUCGGUGCUAUUUCAUUUUUAUAAUGUGUGUGGAUGUGCAGUGAUCCGUUCAUAUGAGGCUGCUAUAUAAAACAGGUCCAAUGGAGUCACUAAGAAAGUGGUUCUAUAAACCGAAGAGGGACGACCGGUCGCUUUUAGCGCAGUUCUUCUUCGCCGAUGACGCACUCAACAUGGUCGCGGCUGAAUUGGACUCGUUUGACGGCCGGAAGGACCCGGAGAGGUGCUCUACACUCGUCAAUCAGCUGAGACAUGCACAGGACCGCGUGCUGAAUAUCACAAGUCAGAUAAUGGACCAGCUGCUAGGUGACGAGCGAGUGGCGCGCGGCUUCAGGGUCAAGUUUCCCGAAGAUGUGCUGCAAGACAACUUGGCUGGACAGCUCUGGUUUGGAGCUGAGUGCCUAGCCGCCGGCUCCUCGAUAAUGAAUCGCGAGGAAGAAUCAGCGGCGAUGAGGCCGCUGGCCAAGGCCCUCACUCGAAGUCUGGAGACUGUUCGGUCAUUGCUCCGGGAACAGUGUCUCAGACCGAGAGGUAUGGCCCUGUCGCAACACGAUGAUAUGCUGCACGAGAGCUUGAAGAUAUUUGACAGAUUGUUCGCGGAGUUUGAGCUGUGCUAUGUUAGCGCCAUGGUGAACGUCAAGACGCCUCAUGAGUUCGAAGCACAGCAGUUGAUCUGCGUUCUAUUCUCCGAGAGCUUACGGCGAGCGCUCAAACAGAAUUUGCUCACUCAAGAACAGGUGGACUCUUAUGAUCCUGCGCUGAUGUUUGCAGUGCCACGACUGGCCAUAGUUAGCGGACUGCUCAUUUAUUCCAGUGGACCCCUCAGUAUAGAUAAACCACCAGAGGAGAUGUCGGACAUGUUCCGUCCGUUUCGUACCCUCCUCCACAAGAUCCGUUCCCUCCUGUGGACGUUAGACCGCCGGGAGUUGUUGGCACUCGAGCGACUGCUCUGCACCAAUGAGGAUAUCUCUAACUUGGCUGCUUUGGACCUGCCUGCCGAUCCAGAAACAUCAAGCGACUGGUCGUGUCCAUACCCCGACCUCGGAGAGUUUGUAUCGAGGUUCUACGCAGACCACGCCAAUUGCCGAGACCUGUACUCGCAGCCAAGCUCAAGCGAACCGAUAGCGGACGGUGAUUACCUCCCCGACAACAUAGAAGUGAUGACUCCCAUCAUAGACGGGCUGCGGCGACUCAGCGAGGGCACGGCCGACACCGCGGACUCCGCCGGCCCCGACGCCCUGCGGGGGGGACACGCGCGGGGAUACUCCGAUACCACCAGUACCGACACAUUCCACACCAACGACAGCAAGGACUACAUCGACAGGACAAGGAAAACCAGCAAAACAGAGCCCAGUGAGCUCUCUUCACUAAGAAACCUCUCCACCAGCGGACUCAUGAUGUUCGACCCCCUCGUCAUCCACGCCGCCCCCGAAACCCGCCCCGUCCCAGACCAUGAUCUCGUCACCUCCCUCAAUGACCAGGUUACUGAAAUCGCUGACAGACUCUCUUCUAUAGCCGCCAGCGACGUCGACAUACUCGACCACAAUCAAAUGCACUCAUUCUCCACAAACGAUGUUCCCACACUAAUUUCGACUGACGAUUCCGAAGCUUACGGCUUCUCUGGACCUAGAAACGAACAAUUAAGCUGUUUGCCUUCAACGAGUCACGGGUAUCUCAUACCCAACGCUAUCAGUCACGAGCCCGCCGUGCUAUCUUCCCUCUCUCACAAUAACUCAGCCGUCUUCAACCAGGAAGACGAAUCCGGCAACGAUAUCAACGGAGCCAUGCUGAACUCUGAUCUCCCGCUCAUUAUACCUGACAAUAUUGACGCGGACAUUGUAAAUACUAAUAUAUCGAUAGCUAACGCUAAUUUAAGUUCGCUACUACUAACAAAUGAAGAGUAUAAUAAUUUAGUUGAUAAAGACGCUGCGGACGGUGAUAACACGAGUUUCCAUUCGGCUAAGAUGACGUUAGACAGAGAGGACGAGAGAGUUAAGUUUAUGCUAGGAUACGAGAGCGAACACGAGUCGCCGGUGGACUCGGGCGUCAGUACUGAGAACACUAGUUUAGAUAGGUCGCCCGACUCCGACCAGAAUAAGGAAAUUAAAGACAAUCACUUCAUGCAACAAAACAGGGUACUAAAGAGUCCGGACGCGGAGACAGACGACGACAAACACACCAAAAACACGUUAGAAAGUUCCUUUUCCGAUGUAAAUAAUGAUGUUACUGUAAAUAUUAAUUACGUUGAAGACGACAGCAGUAAGAACGAGGCGGGCUCGUCGUCCUCUAUAAUGGAUAAGGUUAUAAAUAGGUUAAGCUCGGAUGAGGAAGGGUUGAAUGAGGCGUCUAAUGUGAAUAGCGAGGCGAGGCGAGUACUGCAAGACUGGGGGGCGAACGCUACAGAGGAGGAAUACAGGACUAUUGACGAAGUUAUCACUGAACUGAGAAGGCACAGAGAGGCCGAUAAGAAGAUUAGUUCGUUAGUUGACGAAGACAAUAAUGUUAGUUCUAACCCGGACGUGGGCCCGUCCCAGUCUCGACCGAAGAAAAGUAGGAAGUCCAGUAGUAAAAGUAAAAAGAAAAAGAGUAAAAUAUGGUCGCCCGGUAUGGUAAUAUUAGAUAACCGGUCGACCCAGAACCAGAAUAGUCCUUUAAGAUUGAAUUUGGAUCAUUUUGUUGAUGAAAGUGGGACAUCAUGUGGCGCGUCAGAAUGUGCAGAUGACGAACAAAUAGCGCUCGCAUUACAAGCGCAGGAACUCGCGGCCAGACAACAUGCACGGGGGAAGUUCAAAUCAAGCGAAGACCUAAUCCACCGUCUGUUCGUAUGCAUCGCCGGUGUAGCGGACCAAUUACAAACAAACUUUGCGGCGGAUUUGCGCAAUAUAUUGAAAUCUGUGUUCUUGAUGAACCAGUCGCCUGAUCCCCCCGAACCGGUCGAGGAGAAGACUCCAGCUAUUGAGUACGAGGCGAUGGAAGAUCAGGUUAUACAGAAUGGCAGCUCAUUCGACAGCGUGUACUCUGCAGAGGAAGUGUACGCGGACAGUACGUCGGACUCUACGUCCGAGGGAGGGGCGCGACCCUCCGCCCCCGCGCCGCCGGCCCCUCCUCCGCGCCGCAAGUCUCUAGAUACUACUGGGAAUCUACAGGCUUCUGUGUCUACUGGAGAUCUCACGUACAGAGAGAGCGGUCCGCCGGAGCGUCUCCCGGAGUGGGUGCCGGACAUCGCGGCGCCGGCCUGCAUGCGCUGCGCCGCGCAUUUCACCGCCUUCCGUCGCCGCCACCACUGCAGGAACUGCGGAAAAGUAUUCUGCGCAUCGUGCAGUUCAAAUUCAAUACCACUACCGCGCUACGGCCAGUUGAAGCCGGUUCGAGUUUGUGACGAGUGCUUCCGAACUAUCGCCAGCCAUUGUCGUCGGCCGCAGACAUCUCAGUACCGGUGAAACUUCACUAUACAACUUACCCUAUACGAUAUUACUUAUUCACAUGUAUAAAGUUGACUUGACAAACAAAUAUCAACUUUAUUUUGUUAUAAAUAACUGUUCAAAAUUGUAUAUUGACUUAUAUGGCCAAGCGAUAAUACACCUUAAUUGCGAUAUUGUUCAAGUUGUAUUUGCGUUACUCGGUCGUUAGCCCGCUUUCGGAUACUUGAAUAUUCUGGUUAAGGUACUUAAAAGAUUUUUCGUUCGUUUUGUUUCUUAGUCCUUAUGCUUAAUGUACAUUUUGAAGAACCAAUAAAGCAAGCAAAUAUUAUAUUACUGCAGUAGUAGUAAGCAGUAGUAAACUAUGCUCAAAAAUCUUUCUUUUCCCUUAUGACAAAACAAGAUUUAUCUUCAGUCUAGGUUUUGUCCGUAUUUUGAAUCUUAUUCUCACCUAAUGUGGUAGGUGUAGGUCCCACAUUUAAGUUUGGGAGAGCCAUGGUUCGGCACGAAUGAGUCAGCUCCACUGGAGUGAUACCAUGGCCUCACAGAAAACCGGCGUGAAACAACCACAGCGUUGUGUUUCGCUGUGUGAGUGAGGUUACUGGAGGCCACAAUCCUUCCCCUCCCCCAAUCCCUCCUCAAUCCCUAAACCUCCAAAUCCCUAAUCCCUAAAAGGUCAGCAACGCACUCGUAACUCCUCCAUUGCGGGUGUCCAUGGGCGGCGCUGAUUGCUUACCAUCAGGUAAUCCGGCUGCUCGUUUGCCGAUCUUUUACAUAAAAAACCUACCUUCAAUUUGAAAUACAAAAACUGACUCAAUGGUUUAGACCUAGACUAAAGAAAAACCUUGUUUUGAAAUAAUAAAUAAUAACUAGUUCUUC